CUUUUUCGAUCACGAAAAAUAAAAAUAAGAAAAAACAAACGAAAAUUGGAAGUUCGACGCAACGACCAGAUCCGGAUUGAGAAGAUUUUCCACUUCGAAGUCAGUCUUCUUCUUCUUCGGUAGUAUCGGGCUUCUUAGGGCUCUGAUCUGCUUCAUCAGUUUGAUUUUUCCUGAGAGAGAAGAGCAAGAAUGUUGAACCAGAUCAGAUCAUCUUCGUAUCUGAUCCGACGACUCAAACAGGGGAUGAUAAACCCGGCGUUGCAUACGCAGACCAGAUGGUUCACUCCGAUCGAGGGCCAUAGACCUACCAUUGUUCACAAGCACAGCCUCGAUAUACUCCACGAUCCUUGGUUUAAUAAGGGAACAGCAUUUUCCAUGACGGAACGAGAUCGUCUCGAUCUUCGGGGGACUUCUUCCUCCAAAUGUCAUGUCUUCAGAACAACAAAUUGAACGCUUCAUGGUUGACCUGAAGAGGCUUGAAAAUCAUGCAAGAGAUGGGCCAUCUGAUCCAAAUGCAUUGGCUACGUGGCGAAUACUUAAUCGGUUGCAUGAUCGGAAUGAGACAAUGUACUAUAAGGUUCGUAUUGCUAACAUUGAGGAAUAUGCACCCGUCAUGUAUACUCCAACUGUUGGUCUUGUCUGCCUGAACUACGGAGGGUUGUUUAAAAGGCCUAGGGGUAUGUAUUUCUGUGCUGAAGAUUGUGGAGAGAUGAUGUCUAUGGUUUAUAACUGGCCGGCUGAGCAGGUUGAUAAGAUUGUCGUGACGGAUGGGAGCAGAAUAUUGGGUCUUGAAGAUCUUGGAGUUCAGGGAAUGGGAAUUGGAGUUGGAAAGCUAGAUUUAUAUGUUGCUGCUGCUGGAAUAAAUCCUCAAAGGGUAUACCUUUGUUUUGGUUGCACUUUUUUUUUUUUAAAUCUAUUUAUUCGCAUGCAUGCUUCUGGAAAGAUCAGUGUCUUUCUUUAUUGAGUACAUAUAUGCUGUUACAACAUUUGCAUAAAGUGUCUUCUGAAUUUAUGGUCAUCCUUUAGAGGUUGUUUCUUUUUGACCCUUUCCAUUUUGUUAAUAUAUGUAUACAUGAUGUGAAAUGCCCUAACCUGACAAGUUAACUUAUUGAGUUAAAUGGCAAAGUAACUAAUCUUAAUAUGGUAUCGGAGUGGGAGGUCUAGGGUUCAAACCUAAGUUUCCGUAAUUUAAACCCCUAAUUUGUUGUUGCCCCAAGUGUAAGCCUUUAUGUGUAUUUGUUGUUGCCCUAGUGUUGAUCUUUGUUUGUUGUGCACGUGUUGGACUGUCGGAUUGCCAAGCCUAAACGUGAGGGGGAGUGUUAGAAUAGGUAUAAAUGAUGUGAAAUGUCUCAGCCCAACAAGUUAACUUGUUAGUUUGAACGGCAAAGUAACUAAUCUUAACAAAUUUUGUUGUUUAUGUUUUUGUGCACCAUUUAAUAGUUGAAGGUAGUUGCAUUUAUUUAACUCAAUUAUGGGUGGAAAAACUAUAGUAUUCCAACUGUUAUCAAAGAUAGAAACUCACUAUCUGAUUUAAAUAACCUAUUGAAGCAUCUCCUUAAACAGCGUUACAUAGCAGAUAAUGUGACUAGUAUAAAUUCUUUUUUUUAAGCGAACUAGAGAAAUUCUUUCUACUGUUAUAAGUGUAUUUUUAAUUUCAUUUUGUCUCCUGAUAAGACAUUUUUCUCACUGAAAAUAGAAAUCAACUAUGACAGAAAUUUUGAGGCUCGUGGAGGAACCUUGAUUUGCCGUCUUAGACAUAGAAAUAGGAAUGAUGUUGUGUGUACACUAAGUUUAUUUUAAUUUUGAAGUUGAUCUUUAAAGUUUGGGUAGUACUCUUAUACAAUUGUAUUGACAUGUUUAACAGAUACAAUGAGUGAUAUUGUGGUAUUUUGACAAUUUCAAAUUAAUUUCUUAUAAUCAAAUUUUAAAUGAUAUGAUAUAUUAUAGAUUGAUGGAAGAAUAAACUGUGAGAACAAGGUAAUUAGUCUAACUCAUGUAUGCGACAACGAAAUACUAGGUUACUUAUAUAUCGAUAAUUAGUAUGCAUCUACAGAAGUCUAUUUUUUGUGUGCUUAAUAGGGAGGAAAUGAGUAAGCCUGUGAUAAUAGAAUGAGCAGAUGUUGAUGAGGUUUUUGUUCACUUUGACAACGUCAACUGGUGUAGUGGUAAUGCUUCCGUGGCUUGUACCCUUGACCUAGUUGGUGUUGGGGAGAGCCACUACCACUACACCAGUUGACGUUGUUGAGGCGAACAAAAACCUCAUCAACAUCAGACACAGGCAAGUUUAGGAAUACUUAGUCAAUAUAUUAUAUGAAUUUUCUUCUGCACAUUUUUUAAGGCUUAUAUUACUAUGGAAUGACCAAGUUUCCUCUCGAAUAUCCAUAUUUUCUGAUUGCUUUUGUUUUGAGUAUAUUUAUUUUAAGUAUGUUUGUUGCGAGUAUAUUUUACCCAAUUAUAUCUCUUGGAAUGGUGACUUUGUCAACAAAGAACAAUGACAAGGAAGAAACACUUAUUUCUCUCUCUCCUGCCAACUCCCCCUCCCCCUCCCCCUCUUCUUUCUCCCUUCUUUCCCUCCCUUUACCCUCUUUCUCCAUUCCGCUUACAUAUUCCUUCUCUCCUCUCCAGUUCCUCCUCUAUGAUUGUUUCUUUGUGUGUGAAUGUUUUCUUUUGUUUUUCAAUAGGGCCACAGAUCUGCAGGUUUUGCCUUCAGAUAUGAUGAUUUGGUUCACUGAUUUGGGGGUUUCUUCAGAUCUGGCGGUUUGUGGUGACGGCGGUGACGUUCGUCUUUUGGAUACUCUGAUCAAAACUGUGAAUGAUUUGUCUCAAGGUUGCAACCAAUGUUUCACUCUCUGGCGAGGUUUUGAGGCAGUCCUUAAUCGUGCUUUUGAUGCUCUAAGACCCCUGUCUAUCUCUUCAAACGCGAUUAAUCUCUAUAGCCUAUUUGUGGCAUAUGAUAUUGUUUUGGGUCAAAUUUUUACUCUUGUUUUUGGAGUGCUUUGUUUUUGUAGUGUUCCUCAAGGAGUUUCAAACUCCUCUCUAUGUAUUGUGGUGUGUUAUUAUUUUAAUAUAAUUGUGUUUUAUUCAAUAAAAAUGACAAGGAAGA